UUGUAAGCGGUCAGGCGUUUCUUCUCAUACUAGAUAAAACAACGCAAAAGAGACUAAAAACUGUAAAGAUGAGACAAUCGUUGAGCGGCAGGGUUGCCAUAGUUACGGGUGCAUCCCGUGGCAUCGGAAAGGGCAUAGCUCUUCAACUGGGAGAGGCUGGAGCAACGGUUUACAUCACAGGUCGUACCAUGCAGCCUGAUGGAAGGGGGACAUCACUGAUGGAGUGUGCUGAGGAGAUUGAGAAGCGGGGAGGGAAGUGCAUCCCUGUACAGUGUGACCACGAGAAAGAUGAAGACAUCAAGAAGUUGUUUGAGAAGGUGAAACAGGAGCAGAAUGGACAGCUGGACAUCCUGGUCAACAACGCCUACAAGGCUGUGAAGGUUCUUGGAGAUGCUGCUGGUAAGAAGUUCUACAAUCUUCCCCCAGAAGUGUGGGAUGAUGUCAACAAUGUGGGACUGAGGAACCACUACAUCUGUUCUGUGUUCGCUGCACGGAUCAUGGUACCACAGAAGAAGGGUCUCAUUGUCAACAUCUCCUCUCCGGGGGGGCUGAACUACAUGAUCAACACAGUCUAUGGUAUCGGCAAAGCUGCAUGUGACCGCAUGGCAGCCGACUGCGCUGUUGAGCUGAAAAAGGACAACGUGGCGUUUGUGUCCCUGUGGCCUGGAGCAGUCAGGACUGAAAACAUCAAUGACAUGCUCAGUGCUGGACCUCCACAGGGUGAGGAUAGGGAUGAAGCAAUGGCAGGGGGAAUGAAGAUUGAUCACGAUCAAAUUAAGAGGAUGUUCGAGAUGGGAGAGACCCCAGAGUUUGCCGGAAAGGCUGUUGUCCAUCUUGCUGAUGACCCAAACAUCAUGCAGAGGUCUGGGAAGGUCCUGAUAGCUGCAGAGUUGGGAGAGGUGUACGGCUUCAAGGACAUUGAUGGGAGGCAACCACCAAACUUUCGGCGCGUCAAGGAUUCGCUAUCCAUGUUCGGGUACACGCGCCUGGCCACUUGGAUCCCAUCCUUUCUCAAGAUUCCGUUCUGGCUCCUCGCUGCCGCCACCCAUAAGUUUUAGUGUGUGUCUUUCCAUAACAGGUGGUGAUAUACACAUUAAGCAUUGUCACACGAAUCUACACUACUGUUGAAGAAUCAUGCUCUUGAUCUUGUCAUUACACGAAUAUUACUGUGCUAUUUAGUUUAAUCAUAUUGUUGUAAUUUAGAACACAUUAGCUAACUUGUGCUCGAUUGAUGCUUGAAGUUGUGUGGCCCAUGGUUAUUUUUUGUCCACUGCUGUUACGAUUUCUUGAUGUGUACAUGUGCGAAUGGAUCACUUGUAGCAAUCUACCCAUAUGAUAUUUCAUACCACUAUUACUGAUCUGCUGAUUAAUUAUGAAAAUUGCCACUAAAUCCUGAUAUAGUCAGUCAGCUUCUUUUUGUGAUUUGCCUACAUAUAACUACAGAGAUUGGAUCUUACAUAGAUUAGUGUACAAUUUAUAUGAAGGCUCAACUGUUUGCCAUUGUGUGGAUGGUAAUGUAUAUGUAAUAGUUGGAAAUUAGGUCUUCUACAUACGAGAGUAAUCGAAAAGUAUACUUAUAGUAAUGAAAUAGUAAUAAAGAAAGUAAUCAAAUAGUAUACACAAAAUAAGGAAUAAAGAAUAAAUCUUUAUUAGUGUGACACAGAAAACAUGUCUAAUCUACUAACAGUACAUGUAAUCGUGAUGUUGCAAUUGCUUAUCAAUGCUUUUCUUUGUCCAGAACAACAUAUGACUAAGGAUACCGAGGCUCACUCUCAAACAUUCCUGAGAUAAAUCAAGUGGCAUGAAAAAAUUUAUUUUUCUUUAUAUCUUAUCCUUUAUUCUAUUCACUUAUGUGCUAAAUGGGUAAGGACAGUUCUAUUACAAUUACAGUCAAAGGUACCACUUUCUUACCAUCAUAAACAUAGCCAAAGGUACAGGAAAGUAUCUCCAAAAUGAAGAAGAGUUAUCUUGUCUGCUAAGAGGAGACAUCUUGAUAUUGCUAAUACGUUAAGAUCUGUAUUGAUAAACUUAAAGAGACACAGAGUCUGGCUUAAUAAAAACGGUUUUCUAUUAGAGAAUUAUA